CAGAUGUCUUUUUCAAGAUUGCUGCUAACCAGCCACCAUCUUUACUUUCUUUACUGAUCGGCAUUGAGCUUUAGAUUGGUGGUCUACGUGUAUCAGCCAUCAGAUUCAUUAACCAGUUUCGUCACUAAAAUGUCGGCUAUCGUUACUGAAGAGCUCGUUACGGCCCCAUUUGACCCCCGAUUCCCCAAUCAGAAUCAGACCAGAUACUGCUGGCAAAGCUAUGUUGAUUUCCAUCGCUGUCAAAAGAUCAAGGGUGAAGAUUUUGCCCCUUGCGAGUACUUUCAGAAGGUGUAUAAAUCUGUUUGCCCCAAUUCUUGGAUAGAAAAAUGGGAUUCUCAGCGUGAAGCAGGGACUUUCCCCAAGAAAAUUUAAAGGAUGAAAAUAGCUGAACAUUGAUAGAUGAACUGUAAUUGAACACAACAAAAUAUGUGUAGAUUUCCUGAUUGUGGUCAUGUAAGUAAUACACAACAUGCUCCUCA